CCUAUUUUUUCCUCUCACCCCCCCACCCCCUUCAGGAGCGGUUGUGUGAUCAGAUCGAUCUAAGAUGGCGACUGUGGAACCGGAAACCACCCCUACUCCUAAUCCCCCGCCUACAGAAGAAGAGAAAACAGAAUCUAACCAGGAGGUGGCUAAUCCAGAACACUAUAUUAAACAUCCUUUACAGAACAGAUGGGCGCUCUGGUUUUUUAAAAAUGAUAAAAGCAAAACUUGGCAAGCAAACCUUCGGCUGAUCUCUGAGUUUGAUACUGUUGAAGACUUUUGGGCUCUGUACAACCAUAUCCAGUUGUCUAGUAAUUUAAUGCCUGGCUGUGACUACUCACUUUUUAAGGAUGGUAUUAAGCCUAUGUGGGAAGAUGAGAAAAACAAACGAGGAGGACGAUGGCUAAUUACAUUAAGCAAACAGCAGAGACGAAGUGACCUUGAUCGCUUUUGGCUAGAGACACUGCUGUGCCUUAUUGGAGAAUCUUUUGAUGACUACAGUGAUGAUGUAUGUGGAGCUGUUGUUAAUGUUAGAGCUAAAGGUGAUAAGAUAGCAAUAUGGACUACUGAAUGUGAAAACAGAGAUGCUGUUACAUAUAUAGGGAGGGUAUACAAGGAAAGGUUAGGACUUCCUCCAAAGAUGACGAUUGGUUAUCAGUCCCAUGCAGACACAGCUACUAAGAGCGGCUCCACCACUAAAAAUAGGUUUGUUGUUUAAGAAGACACCUUCUGAGUAUUCUCAUAGGAGACUGCGUCAAGCAAUCGAGAUUUGGGAGUUGAACCAAAGCCUCUUCAAAAGCAGAGUGGACUGCAUUUAAAUUUGAUUUCCAUCUAAACAUUGCAAAGAUAUGAGAAGUCUCAUUCGCCUUUGUCUUGUACUUCUGUGUUGGUUUUUUUUUUUUGGCUAGAAUAUUCACUUAACCAAUCAAAGAAUUAACAGUACACAUCAUCCCCAGAAUCCAAAAAUGUGUUUCUGGCCUACUGUGUAAUAGCUUAGGAAAAUUAUCAUUACAGACAUUUUACCCAUCCACAAAGUUUGAAAAGACCUUAACAUUUCUAUACCUUACAGGAGAAAAAUUCUGUUUAUGUUCCAUUGUAUGCAGGAGCAUAUUUUGCUGGUUUGAAAGAGUAUGAUGCAUACAGUUUUCUAGCGACUUUGUUUCUUUCUCUUUUUUUGUCUUUUUUUUUUUACAGCAUUGUCUUUGCUGUGCUCUUGCUGAUGGCUGCUAGAUUUUAAUUUAUUUGGUUCCCUGCUUGAUAACAUUAGUGAUUCUGAUUUCACUUUUUCAUUUGUUUGCUUUGGUUUUUUUCCCUCAUGUAACAUUGGUAAAGGAUCCAGGAACAUGACACAAAGGUGGAAUAAACAUUAAUUUUGGGCAUUCUUUGGUAAUUUUUUGUUUUUUUAUAACUAGAAAGCUUUGCUACAAAUUUAUGCAUUUCAUUCAAAUCAGUGAUCUAUGUUUGUGUGAUUUCCUAAACAAUUGUGGAUUAUAAAAAUGUAACAUCGUAAUUACAUUCCUAAUUAGAAUUAGUAUGUCUGUUUUUGUAUCUCUUUGCUGUAUUUUAAUACUUUGUAUUACUUAGGUUAUUUUGCUUUGGUUAAAAAAUGGCUUAAAUAGAAAAGCAAUCCCAUUCACAUUAAGACAGUGUACAAAACUGUAAAUAAAAUGUGUACAGUGAAUUGUCUUUUAGACAACUAGAUUUGUCCUUUUAUUUCUCCAUCUCUAUAGAAGAAAUUUGUACUUCUUAUUGCAAGCCAAGUCUCUGUUGUCUUCUCUUGUAGUGUCUUCCCUGUGAACAGCAUAAGUUUGGAGCACUAGUUUGAUUAUUAUGUUUAUUACAAUUUUUAAUAAAUUGAAUAGGUAGCAUCAUAUAUGUGGAAUAAAUCAA